AUGACGAUCGCACAACGCUUGAAGCCUGGCCAAGACUGGGGCAAGGGCUCUGUCGAAAUCUCUCCCCCAGCGCAGGAUGGCGAGUCUGGGAUCCGCCGCUUGGCUAAUACGAAGGAGGGCCUCGUAACCCAACCACUCGAAUCAAUAUUCACUGUUCCCGACGUCCUGCGCUAUGCCGAGCGCACUCAUGGGGACAGACCCGCAUUCGGGUACCGUGACGUCGUACAGAUGGUCGAGGAGGUGAAGGAAGUCGAGAAGAUGGUUGACGGCAAGUCGGUGAAGGAGAUGAAGAAGUGGAAGUACUUCCAGCUAUCGGACUACAAAUUCGCAAGCUUCAUUGACAUCGCCAAGACGGUCCGGGAAGUCGCUGGCGGGUUGCUCGAGCUUGGAGUCGAGAAGAACGAGGUCGUGAAUAUCUACGCCGCGACGAGCCCGACAUGGCAAUACAUGAGCCACGGCUGCUCUUACAUCUCCGCCACAAUCGCCACCGCCUACGACUCUCUCGGCGAAGAGGGUCUCACGCACUCGCUUAACGAGCCCGAGUGUGUGGGUGUAUUCACCAACGGCGAGCUCCUCCCCACCGUAUCAAAGGUCGCCGCACAAGUCCCCUCCCUCCGCUUCGUGAUCUACGACGGCGAGGCAAAGCCCGACGUCAUUUCCAAGAUCACUGGUGCCCGUGAGGGAUUGAAGGUGUUGCACAUCGACGAGCUGCGCGCUCUCGGCCGCAAGAAAUCCGCAGAGGAGAUCGACGGGCGCCAACCGAAGCCUGAGGAUGUGGCGUGCAUCAUGUACACGUCCGGCACGACCGGCGCGCCCAAGGGCGUCGUCAUCAAGCACUCGAACCUUAUCUCCGCACUGGGCGCCGUUUACGCCUUGUUCGGCCACAACAUCAAGGCCGAAGACACGUUCCUCGCUUUCCUCCCCCUGGCGCACAUCCUCGAAUACAUCGUCGAGCUAUGCUUCGUCUUCAUUGGCAUGGUGCAGGGUUACGGACGCGUCAAGACGCUCACGGACGCGAGCGUGCGCAACUGCGUGGGCGAUAUCAAGGCGCUCAAGCCUACGAUCAUGGUCGCUGUUCCCGCGGUGUGGGAGCUCAUUCGCAAGGGCAUUGUGGCGCAGAUCAACGGCGGCUCGGCGAUCACGAAGAGCGUGUUCAGCGGCGCGAUGACGAUCAAGAAGAACCAGGUGCCCCUGUUGAAGGGCGUGGUGGACUCGGCUGUGUUCUCGAAGGUCCGCGCUGCGACGGGUGGCAGGCUUAGGUUGGCGUUGUCGGGUGGUGCGGCGUUGAGCAAGGAGACGCAGGAGUUCUUAUCGUUGGCGCUCGUCACGCUUCUGCAGGGCUACGGUAUGACUGAAUCGUGCGGCAUGUGCGCCAUCCUGCCCCCGGAAUGCAUGCAAUACUCCUCCGUCGGCCUUCCCUCGCCUGCCGUCGAAAUCAAGCUUCUUGACGUGACCGAAGCCGGCUAUAACUCGCGCGGCAACCCUCCCCAAGGCGAAGUCUGCAUCCGUGGUCCCGCCGUCAUCAGCGGGUACUACAAGCGUGACGACCUGAACAACGACCCCACAAUCUUCCCUGGUGACGGCUGGUUGAGGACAGGCGACGUUGGACGUUGGAACGCCGACGGAACGCUCAGUUUGAUCGACAGAAUCAAGAACCUGGUCAAGUUGCAGGGCGGAGAGUACAUCGCGCUCGAGCGUCUCGAGUCGACGUACAAAUCGGUGAACCUCGUCGGCAACAUCUGCGUGCACGCGACACAAGAAGCCAAGCAGCCCAUGGCGAUCAUCGUGCCGAACGAGCACCACCUCCGCGCGCUCCCCGGUCUGCCGCCGAACCAGAGUCUCGCGGCGCUGUGCCACGAUAAGAAGGUGCGGGAGCUGGUGCUGAAGGAGCUCAACGCGGCGGGGAAGAAGACGGGUUUCAAGCAGAUGGAGCUGUUGCAGGCUGUGGUGCUUACGCCCGAUGAGUGGACGCCUGAGAGCGGGCUUGUUACGGCGGCGCAGAAGGUGCAGAGGAAGAAGGUCGCGGACCAUUUCGAGGCAGAGAUCAAGGAGGUGUACAAGCACCAGUGA